CCCGCUCCCGGCUCCCACCUCCUCGGCGCCCGCGCUGUAGGAAGGAGCUGCGGGCUCCAGCCCCUCUGGUCAAGCGCGCCGCUCGGCACCAUGCCCCGCAUAGAUGCGGACCUCAAGCUGGACUUCAAGGAUGUCCUUCUCCGACCCAAGCGAAGCAGCCUCAAGAGCCGAGCCGAGGUGGAUCUCGAGCGAACCUUCACAUUUCGAAACUCGAAGCAGACCUACUCAGGGAUUCCCAUCAUUGUGGCCAACAUGGACACCGUGGGGACAUUUGAGAUGGCGGUGGUGAUGUCACAGCACUCCAUGUUUACAGCAAUUCACAAGCAUUACACCCUGGAUGACUGGAAGCUCUUUGCCGCUAAUCACCCAGAAUGCCUGCAGCAUGUUGCCGUGAGUUCCGGCAGUGGGAAGAAUGAUCUGGAAAAGAUGAGCAGCAUCCUGGAAGCUGUGCCGCAGGUGAAGUUUAUUUGCCUGGAUGUGGCCAAUGGGUACUCGGAGCAUUUUGUGGAAUUCGUGAAGCUUGUCCGUGCCAAAUUUCCGGAACACACCAUCAUGGCAGGGAAUGUGGUGACGGGAGAGAUGGUGGAAGAGCUUAUUCUUUCUGGAGCAGAUAUAAUCAAAGUGGGAGUCGGACCAGGUUCCGUGUGUACCACCCGCACCAAGACCGGGGUGGGCUACCCCCAGCUGAGCGCCGUGAUCGAGUGCGCAGACUCAGCCCAUGGCCUGAAGGGGCACAUUAUCUCCGACGGAGGCUGUACGUGUCCAGGAGAUGUCGCCAAAGCCUUUGGAGCCGGAGCCGAUUUUGUCAUGCUGGGAGGGAUGUUUUCAGGCCACACGGAGUGCGCCGGAGAGGUGAUCGAGAGGAACGGGCAGAAGCUCAAGCUCUUCUACGGGAUGAGCUCGGAGACCGCGAUGAAGAAACACUCAGGAGGGGUCGCCGAGUACAGAGCCUCCGAGGGCAAGACCGUGGAAGUACCUUACAAAGGGGACGUGGAGAACACGAUUCUGGAUAUUCUCGGGGGACUGAGGUCUACCUGCACCUACGUAGGAGCCGCCAAACUCAAAGAGCUCAGCCGGAGGGCGACCUUCAUCCGGGUGACGCAGCAGCACAACACCGUGUUCAGCUAACCUCGGGCACAAGGCGGCCUCGGGCGGGUGGGAGCGUCCCCGUCCACGCCUGCUUUCCCACCUCCCGCCUCCGGUGCCGGCAGAGGUUCCCGCUCAUCCUCAUGGCUGAAGGCCACCCCCUUCGCUCCUGUCACCUGGAGGCUGCGGGGCUCCCCUGGGUCCAGGGGCCCAGAAGCAGGGCCCUCACUGGAUCCGUGGUCAGAGCUCAGCUGCCCGGGAUCCCGAACCUCAUUGUUAAAACUAACCCUUGGCACCGUUUUUUUUUCUUUCUUCCUUUUUCUUCUUUUUUUUUUUUUUUUUUUAAAGAAAACAGUUUCACUUGAAUAUAAUGCUAUUAAGACUUG